ACUUCAUUCACACCUCCGCUCUUACAGAAGAGACCUUGGCCAAUGACACAGACCAUCAGACUUCUCAUCCAUCAAAGUCAAAGUCCACUUGGCCACAACAACAGGUCACAUUUGUUUCAAAAAGAUAUUCCACCAGUAUACUUCAUUUAGUCGGUUUAGAUAGGACAGUAAACAGCUGAAAGAAAGUAGACGGCUAGUAGAAGGACUAUAGGACUAAAGCUGACAACAUGAUGGAAACAACAUCCUCUUUUUUAAAGUCAGUGUCUAGACGUGUUUGGGCUGCUCCUCAGCGUCCGUUCAGAGUGUGUUCCUGGAACAGAGAGACUAAAAAAUGGGUCACUGCAGGAACUUUAGAGGAGCUAAAAGAAAGGGCAGCCCAGGCUCUCUUGAUGUCUACUCUACUGACUUUGGUGUGUGAGGAAGAUGGGACGGAGCUCGACUCAGAGGAGUUUUUCAUGGCCCUCCCAGACAACACUGUUUUCAUGGGACUACAAGCUGGAGAGUCCUGGAAACCUCAUCCUUUGAAUCAAAGGGGCGGUCCUAAACCAGGGGACAACAAGCCAAGGGCAGGAAAAGACAUUGCUCAAGUCACCUUUGAUCUUUAUAAGAAGAGCCCAAAAGAUGUAUUUGGCUCAUUGAAUGUGAAAGCCACAUAUCAAGGAUUGUACUCUGUCAGCGCUGAUUUUCAAUGCCUGGGUCCAAAGAAAUUCCUGAGGGAGGCCCUCAAAGUCCUAUCUACUCUCCUAAAUGCUGCUGGAUACCUGUUGAUCUCAACUGCUAAAGUGAUUCGCCGUGUUAUCCAGGGGGCAGAUUUUCUUGAAGCUCAUCAAAACAAAUCUGUUGGCAACACAGAGUACUGGCAUUAAACUGAGAUAUGUCAGUUAAUAGACAAAUUUGAGAUAAGUAACAUUGCAAACGGAGAGACUGAAGAAGAAAUGCCAGGGGAGUCAGUGGAGAUAUUUCUUUACAUAUUUAUGCGUGUGCUGAUCUAUUUGUAAGCUGUUUCUUUGUUUAUGGGAAGUUUUAAUGAAAAAUUACCAUCAUUUCUUGCAGUAAUAUGCCUAUGUGAACAUAAACAAUCCUUAAAGAGUUAUUUGUUCACAUUUUAGCCCAGGCUUAACCAAGUUUAGCAGAAACCGGUUCUAAGGUUUUAACUCUUUUUGUAAAUUGUUGUUACUCCAUCAUAUUUUGUCUGCCGUUUUAUAUGAUUGCCUAAUGUGCGAUAAUGUAAAUAAAAAAAAAUGAUGUGUUUAGGAAAUGGAACCUGUUGAAACAAUGAAUGUAUAAAUUUAAAAUAUAAAUGUUUUUAAAAUCAAUUUAUUAAAACAAAGUUUGUAGAAAAUGCUUGAGCACAAAACGGACAGUCUCUAGUCAGCUCACUUAAUGCAUACAUGGACUAAUAAACAUUUUAUUUAAUACUA